AUGGCAGUUACUAGAGAGAAAGAAAAUUGUUCAAGAAAAUUUAAUGGAAAUAUACCUGCAUUAUCGCUCAAUAGUGAUAAUAUGUCGACAUCUACGGACAGUGACGACUUAGCGGACCCAACAUACGAAAUUAGGAAUAUUCGUAGUAUUAUAAACGUGACCCGUGAAAACAUUGACGCUCUGAACGCGAAGUUUGCAGGGUUUCAGCAUCCUCCGCCGUUAUAUUUAUCCGAGUACCAAGAAUUGACAUCGAAGUUGCAUAACUUAGAAGGAACUUUAAGAGAACUGUUACAAUCAGAAUCCCCGGAUAGAAGUGAAGAGUGUUCAUUGCAGGAUGACUCAAAGAAGUAUGACACUCUUACGCGUCAGCCGAAGGUGUUUCUGCGAGCACACCUUCCAAACCAGCAGCGUACGAGUGUGCAAGUGAAAGAAGGAGUUACGCUUCGAGAUGCGCUUUCCAAAGCGCUGAAACUUAGGAAUUUGACGUGUGAAAUGUGCGAAGUGGUGCGGACAGGCAAUAAUCAAGUGAUACCGUGGGAUGUUGACAUCACUAUGAUCGACGCUGAAGAGGUGACAGUUCGGACGUUAGACAAGCUGCCCAUCAUGUCCCAUAUCUCACACCAGUUCACGCGGAAGACAUUCUUCACCCUGGCGUUCUGCGAGUGUUGCAGGCGGCUGCUAUUCAACGGCUUUUAUUGCUCGCAGUGUAACUUCAAGUUCCAUCAGCGAUGUGCCGAUAAAGUGCCAAGUAUAUGUCACCAGAUGCGAGUAACCGACACAUACUAUGCGGCACUGUUGGCUCAGAACCCGGAGACUCAGGCUGGCAUUUUACACUACCCCUCACAUUUUGGCUACCAUCAUAUGAUUAACAGGGGCGAUCAAAACAAGUCUGUCUCUCCGGCGAAGAAGAUAAAAGACUUUGAUGUUCAUUGGACGCAGCAUCCUCGAUCGCUAAAUCAGCAGGACCGCUCCAACUCCGCACCUAAUGUGUGCAUCAACAUGGUGCAGCGACCCAUGACCCUGGCCGAACACCAGAGGAAAAAUAAUCAGUGCAACAAUUCUCCGCAGUCCACCAAGUACCUGACAUCCGGCAAACACAACAAGGAAGAUAAGGACAAGGGAGGAGAUCAACAGCACAGUCAAAGCACACAAGCGUCGCCGACGGGAACACUGCGGCCGCGGAGAGCUCGCGCGCGCUCCGCCGACGAGUCGUGGAAGCACGCGCUGUCGCCGCGCGAGAGCUACGACGACUGGGUCAUACACGCCGACGAGAUACUCAUCGGACCGCGCAUCGGUACGCUCGCACACCACACCACCUCGCACGAACCUCACUACACCCCACCUCACACAAACCUCCGCUACGACGACUGGGUCAUACACGCCGACGAGAUACUCAUCGGACCGCGCAUCGGUACGCUCGCACACCACACCACCUCGCACGAACCUCACUACACCCCACCUCACACAAACCUCCGCUACGACGACUGGGUCAUACACGCCGACGAGAUACUCAUCGGACCGCGCAUCGGUACGCUCGCACACCACACCACCUCGCACGAACCUCACUACACCCCACCUCACACAAACCUCCGCUACGACGACUGGGUCAUACACGCCGACGAGAUACUCAUCGGACCGCGCAUCGGUACGCUCGCACACCACACCACCUCGCACGAACCUCACUACACCCCACCUCACACAAACCUCCGCUACGACGACUGGGUCAUACACGCCGACGAGAUACUCAUCGGACCGCGCAUCGGUACGCUCGCACACCACACCACCUCGCACGAACCUCACUACACCCCACCUCACACAAACCUCCGCUACGACGACUGGGUCAUACACGCCGACGAGAUACUCAUCGGACCGCGCAUCGGUACGCUCGCACACCACACCACCUCGCACGAACCUCACUACACCCCACCUCACACAAACCUCCGCUACGACGACUGGGUCAUACACGCCGACGAGAUACUCAUCGGACCGCGCAUCGGUACGCUCGCACACCACACCACCUCGCACGAACCUCACUACACCCCACCUCACACAAACCUCCGCUACGACGACUGGGUCAUACACGCCGACGAGAUACUCAUCGGACCGCGCAUCGGUACGCUCGCACACCACACCACCUCGCACGAACCUCACUACACCCCACCUCACACAAACCUCCGCUACGACGACUGGGUCAUACACGCCGACGAGAUACUCAUCGGACCGCGCAUCGGUACGCUCGCACACCACACCACCUCGCACGAACCUCACUACACCCCACCUCACACAAACCUCCGCUACGACGACUGGGUCAUACACGCCGACGAGAUACUCAUCGGACCGCGCAUCGGUACGCUCGCACACCACACCACCUCGCACGAACCUCACUACACCCCACCUCACACAAACCUCCGCUACGACGACUGGGUCAUACACGCCGACGAGAUACUCAUCGGACCGCGCAUCGGUACGCUCGCACACCACACCACCUCGCACGAACCUCACUACACCCCACCUCACACAAACCUCCGCUACGACGACUGGGUCAUACACGCCGACGAGAUACUCAUCGGACCGCGCAUCGGUACGCUCGCACACCACACCACCUCGCACGAACCUCACUACACCCCACCUCACACAAACCUCCGCUACGACGACUGGGUCAUACACGCCGACGAGAUACUCAUCGGACCGCGCAUCGGUACGCUCGCACACCACACCACCUCGCACGAACCUCACUACACCCCACCUCACACAAACCUCCGCUACGACGACUGGGUCAUACACGCCGACGAGAUACUCAUCGGACCGCGCAUCGGUACGCUCGCACACCACACCACCUCGCACGAACCUCACUACACCCCACCUCACACAAACCUCCGCUACGACGACUGGGUCAUACACGCCGACGAGAUACUCAUCGGACCGCGCAUCGGUACGCUCGCACACCACACCACCUCGCACGAACCUCACUACACCCCACCUCACACAAACCUCCGCUACGACGACUGGGUCAUACACGCCGACGAGAUACUCAUCGGACCGCGCAUCGGUACGCUCGCACACCACACCACCUCGCACGAACCUCACUACACCCCACCUCACACAAACCUCCGCUACGACGACUGGGUCAUACACGCCGACGAGAUACUCAUCGGACCGCGCAUCGGUACGCUCGCACACCACACCACCUCGCACGAACCUCACUACACCCCACCUCACACAAACCUCCGCUACGACGACUGGGUCAUACACGCCGACGAGAUACUCAUCGGACCGCGCAUCGGUACGCUCGCACACCACACCACCUCGCACGAACCUCACUACACCCCACCUCACACAAACCUCCGCUACGACGACUGGGUCAUACACGCCGACGAGAUACUCAUCGGACCGCGCAUCGGUACGCUCGCACACCACACCACCUCGCACGAACCUCACUACACCCCACCUCACACAAACCUCCGCUACGACGACUGGGUCAUACACGCCGACGAGAUACUCAUCGGACCGCGCAUCGGUACGCUCGCACACCACACCACCUCGCACGAACCUCACUACACCCCACCUCACACAAACCUCCGCUACGACGACUGGGUCAUACACGCCGACGAGAUACUCAUCGGACCGCGCAUCGGUACGCUCGCACACCACACCACCUCGCACGAACCUCACUACACCCCACCUCACACAAACCUCCGCUACGACGACUGGGUCAUACACGCCGACGAGAUACUCAUCGGACCGCGCAUCGGUACGCUCGCACACCACACCACCUCGCACGAACCUCACUACACCCCACCUCACACAAACCUCCGCUACGACGACUGGGUCAUACACGCCGACGAGAUACUCAUCGGACCGCGCAUCGGUACGCUCGCACACCACACCACCUCGCACGAACCUCACUACACCCCACCUCACACAAACCUCCGCUACGACGACUGGGUCAUACACGCCGACGAGAUACUCAUCGGACCGCGCAUCGGUACGCUCGCACACCACACCACCUCGCACGAACCUCACUACACCCCACCUCACACAAACCUCCGCUACGACGACUGGGUCAUACACGCCGACGAGAUACUCAUCGGACCGCGCAUCGGUACGCUCGCACACCACACCACCUCGCACGAACCUCACUACACCCCACCUCACACAAACCUCCGCUACGACGACUGGGUCAUACACGCCGACGAGAUACUCAUCGGACCGCGCAUCGGUACGCUCGCACACCACACCACCUCGCACGAACCUCACUACACCCCACCUCACACAAACCUCCGCUACGACGACUGGGUCAUACACGCCGACGAGAUACUCAUCGGACCGCGCAUCGGUACGCUCGCACACCACACCACCUCGCACGAACCUCACUACACCCCACCUCACACAAACCUCCGCUACGACGACUGGGUCAUACACGCCGACGAGAUACUCAUCGGACCGCGCAUCGGUACGCUCGCACACCACACCACCUCGCACGAACCUCACUACACCCCACCUCACACAAACCUCCGCUACGACGACUGGGUCAUACACGCCGACGAGAUACUCAUCGGACCGCGCAUCGGUACGCUCGCACACCACACCACCUCGCACGAACCUCACUACACCCCACCUCACACAAACCUCCGCUACGACGACUGGGUCAUACACGCCGACGAGAUACUCAUCGGACCGCGCAUCGGUACGCUCGCACACCACACCACCUCGCACGAACCUCACUACACCCCACCUCACACAAACCUCCGCUACGACGACUGGGUCAUACACGCCGACGAGAUACUCAUCGGACCGCGCAUCGGUACGCUCGCACACCACACCACCUCGCACGAACCUCACUACACCCCACCUCACACAAACCUCCGCUACGACGACUGGGUCAUACACGCCGACGAGAUACUCAUCGGACCGCGCAUCGGUACGCUCGCACACCACACCACCUCGCACGAACCUCACUACACCCCACCUCACACAAACCUCCGCUACGACGACUGGGUCAUACACGCCGACGAGAUACUCAUCGGACCGCGCAUCGGUACGCUCGCACACCACACCACCUCGCACGAACCUCACUACACCCCACCUCACACAAACCUCCGCUACGACGACUGGGUCAUACACGCCGACGAGAUACUCAUCGGACCGCGCAUCGGUACGCUCGCACACCACACCACCUCGCACGAACCUCACUACACCCCACCUCACACAAACCUCCGCUACGACGACUGGGUCAUACACGCCGACGAGAUACUCAUCGGACCGCGCAUCGGUACGCUCGCACACCACACCACCUCGCACGAACCUCACUACACCCCACCUCACACAAACCUCCGCUACGACGACUGGGUCAUACACGCCGACGAGAUACUCAUCGGACCGCGCAUCGGUACGCUCGCACACCACACCACCUCGCACGAACCUCACUACACCCCACCUCACACAAACCUCCGCUACGACGACUGGGUCAUACACGCCGACGAGAUACUCAUCGGACCGCGCAUCGGUACGCUCGCACACCACACCACCUCGCACGAACCUCACUACACCCCACCUCACACAAACCUCCGCUACGACGACUGGGUCAUACACGCCGACGAGAUACUCAUCGGACCGCGCAUCGGUACGCUCGCACACCACACCACCUCGCACGAACCUCACUACACCCCACCUCACACAAACCUCCGCUACGACGACUGGGUCAUACACGCCGACGAGAUACUCAUCGGACCGCGCAUCGGUACGCUCGCACACCACACCACCUCGCACGAACCUCACUACACCCCACCUCACACAAACCUCCGCUACGACGACUGGGUCAUACACGCCGACGAGAUACUCAUCGGACCGCGCAUCGGUACGCUCGCACACCACACCACCUCGCACGAACCUCACUACACCCCACCUCACACAAACCUCCGCUACGACGACUGGGUCAUACACGCCGACGAGAUACUCAUCGGACCGCGCAUCGGUACGCUCGCACACCACACCACCUCGCACGAACCUCACUACACCCCACCUCACACAAACCUCCGCUACGACGACUGGGUCAUACACGCCGACGAGAUACUCAUCGGACCGCGCAUCGGUACGCUCGCACACCACACCACCUCGCACGAACCUCACUACACCCCACCUCACACAAACCUCCGCUACGACGACUGGGUCAUACACGCCGACGAGAUACUCAUCGGACCGCGCAUCGGUACGCUCGCACACCACACCACCUCGCACGAACCUCACUACACCCCACCUCACACAAACCUCCGCUACGACGACUGGGUCAUACACGCCGACGAGAUACUCAUCGGACCGCGCAUCGGUACGCUCGCACACCACACCACCUCGCACGAACCUCACUACACCCCACCUCACACAAACCUCCGCUACGACGACUGGGUCAUACACGCCGACGAGAUACUCAUCGGACCGCGCAUCGGUACGCUCGCACACCACACCACCUCGCACGAACCUCACUACACCCCACCUCACACAAACCUCCGCUACGACGACUGGGUCAUACACGCCGACGAGAUACUCAUCGGACCGCGCAUCGGUACGCUCGCACACCACACCACCUCGCACGAACCUCACUACACCCCACCUCACACAAACCUCCGCUACGACGACUGGGUCAUACACGCCGACGAGAUACUCAUCGGACCGCGCAUCGGUACGCUCGCACACCACACCACCUCGCACGAACCUCACUACACCCCACCUCACACAAACCUCCGCUACGACGACUGGGUCAUACACGCCGACGAGAUACUCAUCGGACCGCGCAUCGGUACGCUCGCACACCACACCACCUCGCACGAACCUCACUACACCCCACCUCACACAAACCUCCGCUACGACGACUGGGUCAUACACGCCGACGAGAUACUCAUCGGACCGCGCAUCGGUACGCUCGCACACCACACCACCUCGCACGAACCUCACUACACCCCACCUCACACAAACCUCCGCUACGACGACUGGGUCAUACACGCCGACGAGAUACUCAUCGGACCGCGCAUCGGUACGCUCGCACACCACACCACCUCGCACGAACCUCACUACACCCCACCUCACACAAACCUCCGCUACGACGACUGGGUCAUACACGCCGACGAGAUACUCAUCGGACCGCGCAUCGGUACGCUCGCACACCACACCACCUCGCACGAACCUCACUACACCCCACCUCACACAAACCUCCGCUACGACGACUGGGUCAUACACGCCGACGAGAUACUCAUCGGACCGCGCAUCGGUACGCUCGCACACCACACCACCUCGCACGAACCUCACUACACCCCACCUCACACAAACCUCCGCUACGACGACUGGGUCAUACACGCCGACGAGAUACUCAUCGGACCGCGCAUCGGUACGCUCGCACACCACACCACCUCGCACGAACCUCACUACACCCCACCUCACACAAACCUCCGCUACGACGACUGGGUCAUACACGCCGACGAGAUACUCAUCGGACCGCGCAUCGGUACGCUCGCACACCACACCACCUCGCACGAACCUCACUACACCCCACCUCACACAAACCUCCGCUACGACGACUGGGUCAUACACGCCGACGAGAUACUCAUCGGACCGCGCAUCGGUACGCUCGCACACCACACCACCUCGCACGAACCUCACUACACCCCACCUCACACAAACCUCCGCUACGACGACUGGGUCAUACACGCCGACGAGAUACUCAUCGGACCGCGCAUCGGUACGCUCGCACACCACACCACCUCGCACGAACCUCACUACACCCCACCUCACACAAACCUCCGCUACGACGACUGGGUCAUACACGCCGACGAGAUACUCAUCGGACCGCGCAUCGGUACGCUCGCACACCACACCACCUCGCACGAACCUCACUACACCCCACCUCACACAAACCUCCGCUACGACGACUGGGUCAUACACGCCGACGAGAUACUCAUCGGACCGCGCAUCGGUACGCUCGCACACCACACCACCUCGCACGAACCUCACUACACCCCACCUCACACAAACCUCCGCUACGACGACUGGGUCAUACACGCCGACGAGAUACUCAUCGGACCGCGCAUCGGUACGCUCGCACACCACACCACCUCGCACGAACCUCACUACACCCCACCUCACACAAACCUCCGCUACGACGACUGGGUCAUACACGCCGACGAGAUACUCAUCGGACCGCGCAUCGGUACGCUCGCACACCACACCACCUCGCACGAACCUCACUACACCCCACCUCACACAAACCUCCGCUACGACGACUGGGUCAUACACGCCGACGAGAUACUCAUCGGACCGCGCAUCGGUACGCUCGCACACCACACCACCUCGCACGAACCUCACUACACCCCACCUCACACAAACCUCCGCUACGACGACUGGGUCAUACACGCCGACGAGAUACUCAUCGGACCGCGCAUCGGUACGCUCGCACACCACACCACCUCGCACGAACCUCACUACACCCCACCUCACACAAACCUCCGCUACGACGACUGGGUCAUACACGCCGACGAGAUACUCAUCGGACCGCGCAUCGGUACGCUCGCACACCACACCACCUCGCACGAACCUCACUACACCCCACCUCACACAAACCUCCGCUACGACGACUGGGUCAUACACGCCGACGAGAUACUCAUCGGACCGCGCAUCGGUACGCUCGCACACCACACCACCUCGCACGAACCUCACUACACCCCACCUCACACAAACCUCCGCUACGACGACUGGGUCAUACACGCCGACGAGAUACUCAUCGGACCGCGCAUCGGUACGCUCGCACACCACACCACCUCGCACGAACCUCACUACACCCCACCUCACACAAACCUCCGCUACGACGACUGGGUCAUACACGCCGACGAGAUACUCAUCGGACCGCGCAUCGGUACGCUCGCACACCACACCACCUCGCACGAACCUCACUACACCCCACCUCACACAAACCUCCGCUACGACGACUGGGUCAUACACGCCGACGAGAUACUCAUCGGACCGCGCAUCGGUACGCUCGCACACCACACCACCUCGCACGAACCUCACUACACCCCACCUCACACAAACCUCCGCUACGACGACUGGGUCAUACACGCCGACGAGAUACUCAUCGGACCGCGCAUCGGUACGCUCGCACACCACACCACCUCGCACGAACCUCACUACACCCCACCUCACACAAACCUCCGCUACGACGACUGGGUCAUACACGCCGACGAGAUACUCAUCGGACCGCGCAUCGGUACGCUCGCACACCACACCACCUCGCACGAACCUCACUACACCCCACCUCACACAAACCUCCGCUACGACGACUGGGUCAUACACGCCGACGAGAUACUCAUCGGACCGCGCAUCGGUACGCUCGCACACCACACCACCUCGCACGAACCUCACUACACCCCACCUCACACAAACCUCCGCUACGACGACUGGGUCAUACACGCCGACGAGAUACUCAUCGGACCGCGCAUCGGUACGCUCGCACACCACACCACCUCGCACGAACCUCACUACACCCCACCUCACACAAACCUCCGCUACGACGACUGGGUCAUACACGCCGACGAGAUACUCAUCGGACCGCGCAUCGGUACGCUCGCACACCACACCACCUCGCACGAACCUCACUACACCCCACCUCACACAAACCUCCGCUACGACGACUGGGUCAUACACGCCGACGAGAUACUCAUCGGACCGCGCAUCGGUACGCUCGCACACCACACCACCUCGCACGAACCUCACUACACCCCACCUCACACAAACCUCCGCUACGACGACUGGGUCAUACACGCCGACGAGAUACUCAUCGGACCGCGCAUCGGUACGCUCGCACACCACACCACCUCGCACGAACCUCACUACACCCCACCUCACACAAACCUCCGCUACGACGACUGGGUCAUACACGCCGACGAGAUACUCAUCGGACCGCGCAUCGGUACGCUCGCACACCACACCACCUCGCACGAACCUCACUACACCCCACCUCACACAAACCUCCGCUACGACGACUGGGUCAUACACGCCGACGAGAUACUCAUCGGACCGCGCAUCGGUACGCUCGCACACCACACCACCUCGCACGAACCUCACUACACCCCACCUCACACAAACCUCCGCUACGACGACUGGGUCAUACACGCCGACGAGAUACUCAUCGGACCGCGCAUCGGUACGCUCGCACACCACACCACCUCGCACGAACCUCACUACACCCCACCUCACACAAACCUCCGCUACGACGACUGGGUCAUACACGCCGACGAGAUACUCAUCGGACCGCGCAUCGGUACGCUCGCACACCACACCACCUCGCACGAACCUCACUACACCCCACCUCACACAAACCUCCGCUACGACGACUGGGUCAUACACGCCGACGAGAUACUCAUCGGACCGCGCAUCGGUACGCUCGCACACCACACCACCUCGCACGAACCUCACUACACCCCACCUCACACAAACCUCCGCUACGACGACUGGGUCAUACACGCCGACGAGAUACUCAUCGGACCGCGCAUCGGUACGCUCGCACACCACACCACCUCGCACGAACCUCACUACACCCCACCUCACACAAACCUCCGCUACGACGACUGGGUCAUACACGCCGACGAGAUACUCAUCGGACCGCGCAUCGGUACGCUCGCACACCACACCACCUCGCACGAACCUCACUACACCCCACCUCACACAAACCUCCGCUACGACGACUGGGUCAUACACGCCGACGAGAUACUCAUCGGACCGCGCAUCGGUACGCUCGCACACCACACCACCUCGCACGAACCUCACUACACCCCACCUCACACAAACCUCCGCUACGACGACUGGGUCAUACACGCCGACGAGAUACUCAUCGGACCGCGCAUCGGUACGCUCGCACACCACACCACCUCGCACGAACCUCACUACACCCCACCUCACACAAACCUCCGCUACGACGACUGGGUCAUACACGCCGACGAGAUACUCAUCGGACCGCGCAUCGGUACGCUCGCACACCACACCACCUCGCACGAACCUCACUACACCCCACCUCACACAAACCUCCGCUACGACGACUGGGUCAUACACGCCGACGAGAUACUCAUCGGACCGCGCAUCGGUACGCUCGCACACCACACCACCUCGCACGAACCUCACUACACCCCACCUCACACAAACCUCCGCUACGACGACUGGGUCAUACACGCCGACGAGAUACUCAUCGGACCGCGCAUCGGUACGCUCGCACACCACACCACCUCGCACGAACCUCACUACACCCCACCUCACACAAACCUCCGCUACGACGACUGGGUCAUACACGCCGACGAGAUACUCAUCGGACCGCGCAUCGGUACGCUCGCACACCACACCACCUCGCACGAACCUCACUACACCCCACCUCACACAAACCUCCGCUACGACGACUGGGUCAUACACGCCGACGAGAUACUCAUCGGACCGCGCAUCGGUACGCUCGCACACCACACCACCUCGCACGAACCUCACUACACCCCACCUCACACAAACCUCCGCUACGACGACUGGGUCAUACACGCCGACGAGAUACUCAUCGGACCGCGCAUCGGUACGCUCGCACACCACACCACCUCGCACGAACCUCACUACACCCCACCUCACACAAACCUCCGCUACGACGACUGGGUCAUACACGCCGACGAGAUACUCAUCGGACCGCGCAUCGGUACGCUCGCACACCACACCACCUCGCACGAACCUCACUACACCCCACCUCACACAAACCUCCGCUACGACGACUGGGUCAUACACGCCGACGAGAUACUCAUCGGACCGCGCAUCGGUACGCUCGCACACCACACCACCUCGCACGAACCUCACUACACCCCACCUCACACAAACCUCCGCUACGACGACUGGGUCAUACACGCCGACGAGAUACUCAUCGGACCGCGCAUCGGUACGCUCGCACACCACACCACCUCGCACGAACCUCACUACACCCCACCUCACACAAACCUCCGCUACGACGACUGGGUCAUACACGCCGACGAGAUACUCAUCGGACCGCGCAUCGGUACGCUCGCACACCACACCACCUCGCACGAACCUCACUACACCCCACCUCACACAAACCUCCGCUACGACGACUGGGUCAUACACGCCGACGAGAUACUCAUCGGACCGCGCAUCGGUACGCUCGCACACCACACCACCUCGCACGAACCUCACUACACCCCACCUCACACAAACCUCCGCUACGACGACUGGGUCAUACACGCCGACGAGAUACUCAUCGGACCGCGCAUCGGUACGCUCGCACACCACACCACCUCGCACGAACCUCACUACACCCCACCUCACACAAACCUCCGCUACGACGACUGGGUCAUACACGCCGACGAGAUACUCAUCGGACCGCGCAUCGGUACGCUCGCACACCACACCACCUCGCACGAACCUCACUACACCCCACCUCACACAAACCUCCGCUACGACGACUGGGUCAUACACGCCGACGAGAUACUCAUCGGACCGCGCAUCGGUACGCUCGCACACCACACCACCUCGCACGAACCUCACUACACCCCACCUCACACAAACCUCCGCUACGACGACUGGGUCAUACACGCCGACGAGAUACUCAUCGGACCGCGCAUCGGUACGCUCGCACACCACACCACCUCGCACGAACCUCACUACACCCCACCUCACACAAACCUCCGCUACGACGACUGGGUCAUACACGCCGACGAGAUACUCAUCGGACCGCGCAUCGGUACGCUCGCACACCACACCACCUCGCACGAACCUCACUACACCCCACCUCACACAAACCUCCGCUACGACGACUGGGUCAUACACGCCGACGAGAUACUCAUCGGACCGCGCAUCGGUACGCUCGCACACCACACCACCUCGCACGAACCUCACUACACCCCACCUCACACAAACCUCCGCUACGACGACUGGGUCAUACACGCCGACGAGAUACUCAUCGGACCGCGCAUCGGUACGCUCGCACACCACACCACCUCGCACGAACCUCACUACACCCCACCUCACACAAACCUCCGCUACGACGACUGGGUCAUACACGCCGACGAGAUACUCAUCGGACCGCGCAUCGGUACGCUCGCACACCACACCACCUCGCACGAACCUCACUACACCCCACCUCACACAAACCUCCGCUACGACGACUGGGUCAUACACGCCGACGAGAUACUCAUCGGACCGCGCAUCGGUACGCUCGCACACCACACCACCUCGCACGAACCUCACUACACCCCACCUCACACAAACCUCCGCUACGACGACUGGGUCAUACACGCCGACGAGAUACUCAUCGGACCGCGCAUCGGUACGCUCGCACACCACACCACCUCGCACGAACCUCACUACACCCCACCUCACACAAACCUCCGCUACGACGACUGGGUCAUACACGCCGACGAGAUACUCAUCGGACCGCGCAUCGGUACGCUCGCACACCACACCACCUCGCACGAACCUCACUACACCCCACCUCACACAAACCUCCGCUACGACGACUGGGUCAUACACGCCGACGAGAUACUCAUCGGACCGCGCAUCGGUACGCUCGCACACCACACCACCUCGCACGAACCUCACUACACCCCACCUCACACAAACCUCCGCUACGACGACUGGGUCAUACACGCCGACGAGAUACUCAUCGGACCGCGCAUCGGUACGCUCGCACACCACACCACCUCGCACGAACCUCACUACACCCCACCUCACACAAACCUCCGCUACGACGACUGGGUCAUACACGCCGACGAGAUACUCAUCGGACCGCGCAUCGGUACGCUCGCACACCACACCACCUCGCACGAACCUCACUACACCCCACCUCACACAAACCUCCGCUACGACGACUGGGUCAUACACGCCGACGAGAUACUCAUCGGACCGCGCAUCGGUACGCUCGCACACCACACCACCUCGCACGAACCUCACUACACCCCACCUCACACAAACCUCCGCUACGACGACUGGGUCAUACACGCCGACGAGAUACUCAUCGGACCGCGCAUCGGUACGCUCGCACACCACACCACCUCGCACGAACCUCACUACACCCCACCUCACACAAACCUCCGCUACGACGACUGGGUCAUACACGCCGACGAGAUACUCAUCGGACCGCGCAUCGGUACGCUCGCACACCACACCACCUCGCACGAACCUCACUACACCCCACCUCACACAAACCUCCGCUACGACGACUGGGUCAUACACGCCGACGAGAUACUCAUCGGACCGCGCAUCGGUACGCUCGCACACCACACCACCUCGCACGAACCUCACUACACCCCACCUCACACAAACCUCCGCUACGACGACUGGGUCAUACACGCCGACGAGAUACUCAUCGGACCGCGCAUCGGUACGCUCGCACACCACACCACCUCGCACGAACCUCACUACACCCCACCUCACACAAACCUCCGCUACGACGACUGGGUCAUACACGCCGACGAGAUACUCAUCGGACCGCGCAUCGGUACGCUCGCACACCACACCACCUCGCACGAACCUCACUACACCCCACCUCACACAAACCUCCGCUACGACGACUGGGUCAUACACGCCGACGAGAUACUCAUCGGACCGCGCAUCGGUACGCUCGCACACCACACCACCUCGCACGAACCUCACUACACCCCACCUCACACAAACCUCCGCUACGACGACUGGGUCAUACACGCCGACGAGAUACUCAUCGGACCGCGCAUCGGUACGCUCGCACACCACACCACCUCGCACGAACCUCACUACACCCCACCUCACACAAACCUCCGCUACGACGACUGGGUCAUACACGCCGACGAGAUACUCAUCGGACCGCGCAUCGGUACGCUCGCACACCACACCACCUCGCACGAACCUCACUACACCCCACCUCACACAAACCUCCGCUACGACGACUGGGUCAUACACGCCGACGAGAUACUCAUCGGACCGCGCAUCGGUACGCUCGCACACCACACCACCUCGCACGAACCUCACUACACCCCACCUCACACAAACCUCCGCUACGACGACUGGGUCAUACACGCCGACGAGAUACUCAUCGGACCGCGCAUCGGUACGCUCGCACACCACACCACCUCGCACGAACCUCACUACACCCCACCUCACACAAACCUCCGCUACGACGACUGGGUCAUACACGCCGACGAGAUACUCAUCGGACCGCGCAUCGGUACGCUCGCACACCACACCACCUCGCACGAACCUCACUACACCCCACCUCACACAAACCUCCGCUACGACGACUGGGUCAUACACGCCGACGAGAUACUCAUCGGACCGCGCAUCGGUACGCUCGCACACCACACCACCUCGCACGAACCUCACUACACCCCACCUCACACAAACCUCCGCUACGACGACUGGGUCAUACACGCCGACGAGAUACUCAUCGGACCGCGCAUCGGUACGCUCGCACACCACACCACCUCGCACGAACCUCACUACACCCCACCUCACACAAACCUCCGCUACGACGACUGGGUCAUACACGCCGACGAGAUACUCAUCGGACCGCGCAUCGGUACGCUCGCACACCACACCACCUCGCACGAACCUCACUACACCCCACCUCACACAAACCUCCGCUACGACGACUGGGUCAUACACGCCGACGAGAUACUCAUCGGACCGCGCAUCGGUACGCUCGCACACCACACCACCUCGCACGAACCUCACUACACCCCACCUCACACAAACCUCCGCUACGACGACUGGGUCAUACACGCCGACGAGAUACUCAUCGGACCGCGCACCGGUACGCUCGCACACCACACCACCUCGCACGAACCUCACUACACCCCACCUCACACAAACCUCCGCUACGACGACUGGGUCAUACACGCCGACGAGAUACUCAUCGGACCGCGCAUCGGUUCGGGCAGUUUUGGAACGGUUUACAAGGCACAUUGGCACGGCCCAGUUGCCGUGAAGACACUGAAUGUGAAGACACCAACACCUGCACAGCUACAAGCUUUCAAAAACGAGGUGGCGGUACUGCGCAAGACGCGGCACUGCAACAUCCUGCUGUUCAUGGGCUGCGUGUCGAAGCCGUCGCUGGCCAUCGUGACGCAGUGGUGCGAGGGCUCGUCGCUGUACCAGCACCUGCACGUGCUGGAGACGCCGCUGCCCAUGCUCUACCUCAUCGACGUGGCGCGCCAGACCGCGCAGGGCAUGGACUACCUGCACGCCAAGAACAUCAUACACAGGGAUCUGAAAUCAAACAAUAUAUUCUUGAGGGACGACUGGUCGGUCAAGAUCGGCGAUUUCGGUCUGGCGACGGCCAAAGUACGGUGGUCAGGUGAGUUAGACUUCCUGUUUCCGACGGGCUCGAUCCUGUGGAUGGCGCCCGAGGUGAUCCGCAUGGACGAGCCGGCGCCCUACACCUUCCGCUCCGACGUGUACGCGUACGGCGUCGUGCUCUACGAGCUCAUGGCCGGCGAGCUGCCCUACGCCCACCUCAACAACAAGGACCAGAUCUUAUGGAUGGUGGGCCGCGGUCUGCUUCGACCUGAUGCGCGGAGACUGCGACAGGACGCUCCACAAGCGCUGAAGCGUCUCUUCGAGGACUGCAUCAAGUUUGACCGGGAGCAGCGGCCUCUGUUCCGACAGAUCCUGGCCUCACUGGAGUCCAUGCUGAGGGCCAUGCCCAAGAUCACGCGCAGCGCCUCCGAGCCCAGUGUGAACCGGCAGCUGCACGCAUCUGAUGACUACCUGAGCUACAGCUGCGCCUCGCCUAAGACCCCCGUCAAUUUCCAGUUCAACGCGGACACCAGUUUCCCGGCUUUUUAUGGAAUCCCAGUGCCGAACCAACGGCACCCGUAG